GCGGAGGAACACUCAUCAAUAAUUGUUAUAUUCUUGCUGCCAUUCACUGUUUUAAAAUUGGAAAGGAAAUAAAUAAAGUCUCACUUGGUGUUCACAAUACAACUGACAAGAAAGGAGUUGUAGUUUUCAAAACAGGACAAAAAGAUACAUUCACAUAUAAAAUACAUAAAGAUGCAAAAGCGACAAAUAACUGGAUGCCUGAUAUCGCACUGGUGAAACUUUCCCGCUGUGUGAAAUAUGUCCCAGGCAAGAUUGGCCCAAUAAGUUUGUCGACCAAAGUCCCAGCAAACGGAUGCAAUGUUACAGCUUAUGGUUGGGGAAAACACCUACCUGGUAAAAAGGGAAAAUAUCAGGAGACUUUAAAAAAGAGAUCAGAUACAAUUGAAGAUUGUAAAGCCAUGAAGGGAAUAUGUUCUGUGGUUGAACCUCAUAUUACAGGAGGUGGCGACUCAGGUGGACCAUGGAUAGCAAGUUCAAAGAAAAAUGGUAAGGACGAGCCAUGUCAGGUUGGAGUCCAUGAAUCAGGAAAACCAGGCAUUAACAGCAGAAUGAUGAAUAUAGCUCUAUAUGUUAAGUGGAUACAAGAUCAAAUAAAGGCUUGCCCUUGUCCCUGUAAAGCUACAAAGGUGAAGACAUGUGAGCCAGUAAAACCUGAAGGAAGCAAAGAUGAAGAAUCUACCACAGAAGAACCUAAAGGAUAUGAAGAGUCAUCCUGCCCUCUUGGAAAAAUAGAUGUCAUAUUUGCAUUUGAUGUAUCAGGCAGCAUUAGUAAAGAAUCUAAAGAAUCCAGCCGUACUGUGGCCAUUAAAACAGCAAAGAUGUUACAAGAGAAAGGAUGUGAUAUUCUAGUUGCUGCUGUCAUGUUCGACCAGGGUGCAAGAACCGAAAUUGAUCUGACCAAUAACAUUGCUGAACUGAACAACGCUGACCUAUCAACUGAGGUGAAAGGAAUAACAGCUACAUUUAAAAUUUUUGAUGAAGUCCGAGGAAAUAUACUCCAAGAUGGCAACAGAAAUGAUUCAGCGAAUUUCUUGGUUUUGUUUCAUGAUGGAAUCACUUAUUUUGGAUCAUGGAGAGGCAAGACUUUCUCAAAGGCAAGAAAUCUUGAACUGAAACACUGCACAGAUAUACUUGCAGUAAGAUUGAAGAACAAAAAGGAAAAAAAUGGCGAACAGGACCUGAAAAGAAUUGCCAGUUCAGAUCCUACAGUUAAUGAUGUGUUCCCAAGCAGUGGAGAUUAUCUAAGUGAACAAAACCAAGAGACUGUUACAGAGGAACUUGUGACAAGGAUGUUAACAUAUGAAGAUGAUGUUAUUCCUAUUUAGUCAUAUGUACUGCUGAAUAGUUUUGGAAAAAGACUUAAUAACUAUAAAUAACUACCAGUAAUUUUAACUCAUUUAAGACAUUGAGUAGAGUUUGGUACAAAGACGUUCAUCUUAUACAGUUGUUUGGGUUGCAAUUAAUUAUCAUACAUGUGUGUGGAUAAAAUUUAUCUUCAAGCUUAUUGUUUUACAUUAUGCACAUCUUAUUCAAGUAAAUAAACUACAAAUAAUUA